GAGCAGACUAGGUUGGCGAGAAGCUUGUAUGAGGGAAGGCAGUGUACUCUGAAAAAUGGAGGUCGGAUCGAGGGGACCAGAUCACUCAGUCCAGCUGAAAACUGCUGAAGAACCUGCUGGUGCUGGCAGUGGCAGUGGUGGUGGCGCUCCUGCUUCGCAGAAUUGGCACUUCUUUCAGCACUGGCCCAGCAGCCAUGGCUUUGUCAUGCCCUGCACACACGCAUCAUCAUUCCUUUUCCACACUGAAUUGCCGGGCGGGCAGUCAAGUGGAGUGCGGCAGCCUCCCCUCUGUAAGUUACAAAUCUCGCGCAUAUUGCAGGAGUUACAGACAAUCUACAGCCCUGAAAUCAAGGGGGAUUGUUGGCAGCAACACUGCCGGAAGAACGUCAGUGAGAUGGCUUGAAGGCAGGAGUGCCCCACAGUCCACUUGUUACACGCACUGUUCAAUGCCGAGUAGUGCUGAAGAUGGGGAAUUGGACAGGAGGAUAGAAGUGCCGGCCGCUCAGAAGGUUGAAAGUGAUGCGAAUAAGUUGCAGAGUUUUACUUCGUUGAACUCGUCUUCAUCAAUGGCAUUCUUGGGCCUGGCCAUCGGGUGCAGCGUUCUGGUGGCCGGCGCGCUUUCGGAGCCGGCAAUUGCGGCCGACUUCGACCACCUGCAUAUCCCCCUAGACAAGGACAUGCGCGCGCUGGCUUUCAACUUUGACCCGCUGUACGACGAGUUUUGGGACAACGUUCGGCGAUUCAUUCUCUAUUUCUUCAGCGUGACCAGCGGGGGCUUUUACAUGUUGCGGUUCAUUGAAGAGCUUGUAAAGUCGCUAUCUAAGGCGGGUGUCUGCUCUUCAAAAGCUUGCUCAACACUAAAUCCCAAGCUCCAGUAG